AUGAUUACAAACUCUGCUCUGCAUCAUCCAUCCAUCCACAUUAUUAACCUAAAAAUAAUUAAUUAUGAACAUGGCGGAUUCAUUUCCUGGGUCCCCUUGCAUGCCUCAGCACCAACCAUAUGCAAACCAAUCGUCCAAGCUUCCCCUCUUUCUCUUUUAUAUAAGAUCCCUUAUCUCCCACCCCAAAGUAUCCUCAAGAUUAAACCUCACCCUUCAUUUCCUUUCUCUGGCGGUCUAGCUUUAUUAGCCGAAGAACUGGCGAACAAUCAAGCCAGACUGGAGGGCCAAGAGGAAGAAUACUCUAACGAAAGGGUGGUCAGAGCCCUUUACGACGCACUGAAUUCUCGAGACGUUGAGACGGUGCACCGCCUUCUGGCAGCAGACCUCGAGUGGUGGUUUCACGGCCCGCCAUCACAUCAGCAUUUGAUGCGGUUGCUCACUGGAUCAACUGAACCCUUCAUUUUUGUUCCUCUGAGAGUUGCUGCCUUCGGUUCCUUGGUCAUUGUCGAGGGUUACAACAAGGAACGCGACGUUUCUUGGGUGCAUGCUUGGACCGUCACUAAUGGGAUAAUAACUCAAGUUAGGGAGUAUUUUAACACAUCUCUCACCGUCGCCCGACUUAGCAACUCGGAGGGAGGUCCACCGUCGAUAUCAUCGGCCCCGACUGUCCUAGCUAAUUGCCAGAGUAUUUGGCAGAGCAAGCUCUGUGAUGACAAGGCUGUGCCUGGCCUUGUUUUAGCUCUCUAGCUACGUAGUCAUCUGCACUCUCUGGUUUAAUAAGGAGUAUAAUUCUCUAUUUGCCUUCUUGUUUCGUCCUCUUUUCUUGUUUGUUACUGUCUUAAUCUGUCGUUGACAGGCUCGUUAGUUUGAUGUCUUUCUUGUGUAAUUUAUGUGUUGAAAUCAUGAAUAGAACGUGUCCUACUUACUUAACCAGUAUAAACGUCAUGUAUUUUGUGUUACUGUAACAUUGUGUGAAAUCUUGAACGCGUUACAAGUACUAGCAGGGAAAUUUUUCAUAAUCACAUGUUACAUUUUACUUCA